AUGAUCGCUCAAACAGUCUUCACCGUUGGUCUCAUCGCUGCCGCCUCUGCUGGCUGGGAAUCCAAGACCGGCUCAUGUAACACUGGCACUAUCAGUUGUUGUGACCUUAACAAGAAGGCUCAAUCCAGCACCGGCAAGAACGACGCCCUCAUCUCAACUGGCGACAUUGCAUCUCAAGUUGGUGUUCAAUGUGAUCAAGUCCCUCUUUUGAUCGGCGUAGCAAUAGAGGACGAGUGCAAGAACACUCCAGUUUGUUGCGAGGACAUGGAAUCAGACGGCCUCGUUGGUGUUGGCUGCACUCCAUUGUCUAUCAUCUAA